AUGAGUGCGGAUCGGAGAUCAACGCCUCCUCCCAGUUCCGUCCAUGGUGGCCCCUCUCGGGGAGCCCUGACACCCGAACAGUUGAAGAAAAUCGAGACGAACCGGCUGAAAGCGAAGGCGAUUCGUGAACAAAGAGAAGCCGAGCAAUCACGAGCAAACCGCUCGUCGAAUCCCGUCUCCACGACGGGUGUCAAGCGCUCCUACAACUCGAUGACAGCCUCCGACACCCCCGCCACUGUGCGCGACGCAACAUCGGCCCCCCGUCCGCUCGAUGCAAUCAAACCGGCCCGAAAUUUUGCCAAAUAUGUCGACUACGAUUUCAGUAAGAUGACGGAUACGAAAGGAGGGUUCUUGACGGAGGAAGACGAUCCAUUCAACAAGGCUCUACACGUUCGGGAUGGCAAGUCGGAACAGAAACCGGCGCACAUGACGCAAAAGGAAUGGGAGCGACAGCAAUUGCUCACGUCGCUCCGUCAAAAUCGGGCUGGGCCGUUUGAACCGGGACUAAGCGUUCUGGAUGAUAAGAGCCAACAAAAAAAGUGUCGGGAAUGCGGAAAUCUGGAGAUUGAUUGGAAGUGGGAGGAAACCCUACGGUGCUGCGUCUGCAAUCCCUGCAAGGAGAAGUAUCCCGAAAAGUACAGUCUUUUGACCAAGACGGAGGCCAAGGAGGAUUAUCUCCUGACGGAUCCUGAACUUAGAGAUGAAGAACUUCUGCCUCACCUGGAACGACCAAACCCCCACAAGUCGACAUGGAAUAACAUGAUGCUCUAUCUACGCUACCAGGUGGAGGAAUACGCUUUCUCCGAAAAGAAGUGGGGUUCCCCCGAAGCCCUGGACGCGGAAUUCGAACGCCGAGAGGGCGAGAAGAAGCGAAGACGCGAAGCGAAAUUCAAGACCAAACUCAAUGAUUUGAAGAAACGAACGCGGGUGGAUGCCUAUCGACGGAGCCGCCAAGGCGUUGCUGGCGGGAACUUUGGUGAUGAUCUCGGAAAUGGUGGAAGACACGUCCAUCAAUGGGGGAGGUCCACUGAGAAUCCAGACACGGGUAUUAGUGUGAAGAAAUGUGUGGAUUGUGGAAUGGAGGUCGAAGAGUUGGAGUUCUGA